AUUGGCUGCUGGCAGCCCGGCCUCCCGGAAGUGCGGACAUUGCCCUGGCCGUCUUGGUGGUGGCGAGUGAGGUUUCGGGAGUUGGGGCUCGCGCGGCGGGUGUCUGUCAGCGGCGCUGUUCGGCGGCGGCGGCUUGACGUCCCCAGAGGCUGUGUGGUGCGCCGUUGUACGACAGAAAUUAGGUAGCCUGCUUGUCUUGCAUUUCUGCACUGAUCUCCGUCCGUGGACCUCGGUGUCCCCUCCUCGCUUCCCUCGCGGUUUUCCUCCCUUUGGACCCACAAGUUUCGGUGCUCCAGCCUGGGACGAUGGUGUGCAUUCCUUGUAUCGUCAUUCCAGUCCUGCUCUGGAUCUUCAAAAAGUUCCUGGAGCCAUACAUAUACCCUGUGGUCCGUCGCAUAUGGCCUAAAAAGGCUAUACAGGAAUCCAGCGAUAAUAACACUGGCAAUAUAGACUGUAAGGGUGCAGGUACAAAUGGAUUACCCACGAAAGGAUCAACAGAAGUCUCUGAUAAAAAGAAAGACUAGUGUGGUUCUCUUGAAGGCCCUUGGCUGUUUUCAAAUGGACCUGAUAAUAUGAAGCACCUUCUUUGUCUCUGACCUUUUUUCUCUGAGACCAGGAUACUAGAUAAAUAGUUUAGCUUCUGCCUGAUACUGAUCAGGGAGUACGUGGUAUUUAUAUUUACAAUUCCAGUAGUUAUAUUUAAUGAUCUGACUCCAGAGUUUCUUUUUCAUUAAAGUAGCUUUCGUUUCUAUUAUUCUGAUUUACUAAUAUGCACAAAUAGAAGGUCUGUGUGAGAGUCUUUAGGCCUCCGAGUUCUUUCUCACGGCUUUUCUGUUUUCACUUCCUGUGGGCUCCUGUACCUUGAGUGGGAUGAAUAUUAGUGUGAAAUGUUACGGUCCACGGUGGGAUGCGAUGUGAAGAUGCGAUCACUGCCAAGCGCAAUGGCGAGUGGAUGGCUGAGAACAGUUACUGCUCCAAGGAAGCUGGAAAAGGAACGAGGGAAGCUUCUUUGAAAAAUAUAACAUCAACCUCAUUGUCAAUCACACAACUUCUAAUUCUCUGUAUUUCUAGUCCUGACAAUAUAUUAAACAUCCAUUUAACUUGUG